UGAGUGAAGAGAGUAAAGUGGUUGUGGACACGUGUUGCACACUGAGCCCAGUGGGUGGCACACUCUUCUUUCCAUUCCAACUACAAAGUUUUUCCACAUCCUGUGCAGUCUCCUCCCGUUCGCUCCUUCCCUUCAACUUCUCCCUGCCCGUCGUUAAUGUCUGUGUUCUGCUGAUACCUUAUCGUUAUCACAGCCUGCACGCUUUCACUAUGUCCACCCCUCUGAAACAAAGAGCUCUCGGCGGGCUGUGUGUGCUCGGCGCGUUGUUGCUGUCGGUGUCGGGGGAGAAAGUGUACGAGAGUCGCUCCGGGAUGAUCCACGAGCUCCGGACGGCGCUGGCUGAGCUGGCCGGGGAGGGAAGGACCUACCUGGGCAGGCUGGCCGGGGAGCAGACGGUGCUGUCGGUACAGAAGGCUUUCUCUCAGGUUCUGGGCGUUGUGGCAGGAAGUUUGGCUGGGGGUCUGAACGUGCUCCUGCAGUAUGUUUCACACUUCCUGCAGGCUGCUGGAAUCCAAGGUGGCAUUCCCAUCAACAAGGUGACCCCAGAGGGCCUGAUAUUUGUUGUCCAGUGGGUUCUCGUGGCUCUCGUUAGCUACUGGCUGCUCUCCCUCGCCUUCCGAUUGGUUGCCUCCACUGUGAGGCGGACCCUGUGGCUGCUGAAGGUGAGCGUGGCUUUGGCCUGUUUCGGACUCAUCCUGAGCGACCACAGCGUGGACACGGAAACCAUGGCCAUCCGAUUGGCCGUCCUGGUGUGCGUCUGUGUCCUGUUCGGCGUCGGGACUUUGAGGAGCCAGCCUUCUAGUGCGGCUGAUAAAACCGCUCACCUGGAGGAGCAAGUGAGGAUCCUGGAGAGAAGGCUGAGGGAGAUGGAGAGGUGGAGGAGGACAGAGGAGUGAAUUGAGACAAGUGUUUGUCUGUCGUCUUCCCAUACCUGGCACCACACGAGGGAGCGCUGCUGUCCUUCGGGGCCUCUGGAACUUCAAGGAAUGUUUUUACAGUUUUGAGGUUUUGUACGUGUUCCAAAAGUUAUUAUUACUCAUGAUUUUUUCAUUUUUAAUUAAUAUUAUUACUUCCUGGAGGCAGUGAUUUGUUUUUUUUUUACUGCUUCUCCUUUUAAAAUGGAAAUUUGAUCCUGCGUGUUGUGCUGCAGUGGGAAGGUGCAGAGGAUGAAACGUUUUCCGUCCAGCGCUCUAACCGUCCUUUAACCACAUUAAAGAAACAUUUAGAGAAAUACUUAUAUUUGCUUUCUUUUCUGGAGUUUUUCGCUGAGUUACUUGCUGGAACAUUUUUGAAGUGGUGCAUCCGUCUGCCCAGCACUUCUGUGCAGCAUCUCCAGCCAGCGCGGGCUCCCUGAGCGGGUUGAUGAGCAGCAGUGUAGAACUCCCUCUGAAACCACAAAUGUUUUAUUAUCUCAUCUUUAAUAUAUCCGAGGUGCUGUUUGGAGUACUUUUUAAACUUUUGAUAAAGCCAGGCUAUCUGUUUCCACAGUUUAUGUUAAGCUAGCCUAACCUAUCCUGACUGCAGCUCUCUGUACAUGAUGCACUGCCAGGAUAUUAAUCGUCUUACUCUUGGAAAGAAAGCAAAUUAGUGUAUUUUGCGAAUUCUUUGAAAAUGUCAAAAUUCUCUUAAAGCUACAGUAAGUAAUUUUUCUACAUACUUCUUUUAAAUAUGACAAAAAGAAAUAGUAAUAAUCCAUUAUUAACCAAUAAUCAAUCCACUGCUAUUUCUCAUAAUGGUUGAAAUGUCUCAGGACCGGCUGGUGGGUUACAGCUCGUGUUAUUCAGCCUCAACCUGAUAAGGUUGGAUCCGUGCUCUGAUUGUGUGUGGUUCUGUUGAAAAGGUUUUGAUACCAUAAUGCUUUAAAGCCCUUCUGAGAAAAACAGCAUGAUUCACUUUGAUUCAGUGUGAUCCAACCAGUGUUUUGACAGAUUCCGAUUCUUCACUCAUCAUUUUCAACCAUCCUAAAUGCUGUUUAGUGCCUUAGAUGUCGCUCAUUUACCAGUAGUAAGUUGAUUUGAGCUCAGAGAUUAGCAGGUCAUGGUCUGCUGGGAUGUAUUAUCAUACUGCUGUAGUGUGUACUGUAUGUGUGUACCUUGUUAUACACAUCACUGUUAAACUCUUGUUAUACAGGUACUUUUGGAGAUAAAUGUGCAGCUAUAAAUGCCCAUAAUAAAAACCAAAUAUAACAUUU